CGUUUCCCAAAGUGUCAAAGAGGUUCAUUCUGCAUGUGUGUUUUCGGAUAUUGUUGCACACGAUCAAAGAAGAAAGAAAUUGUAACAUUCUUCUGUGACCAGUGAUAUUUUCUCAAUCUGUUAUUAUGUCAGAAUCGAUCAAGAAUGUUGCAAUAUUUGGGGCCACGGGAAUGACCGGACUGGUGACCUUACCACUGGCUGUUGCAGCGGGUUACAAUGUGACAGUGCUGGUGAGGGACCCUGCCAGGCUGCCUGCAGAACACAAAGCCUGCAGGGUGGUGGUAGGAGAUGUCCUCAAUAAGGAAGAUGUGAAAAAGACUAUACAGGGUCAGGAUGCUGUUAUCAUCGUUCUAGGCACCAGGACUGACCUCAGUCCCACAACAAUGAUGUCAGAAGGAACCAGAAACAUCCUAGACGCCAUGAAGGCUGGGGGGAUCCGCAAAGUAGUUGGCUGCAUGUCGGGUACAGAGGAAUCUUGGACAGUCAGGGUUACAGAAUCUUUACAACUUCCAAUAAACCACCAUAAAGAAACCAUAUCCUUAUAUCGUCCCCCUCUCUGCUUCACAGCCUUCCUCCUAUGGGACCGGUCUAAAGUGCCACCCAGGCUCCUACCGGUAACGGAGGACCAUGAUAGGAUGUACAUGGUGCUGAAGGAGUCAGGGCUGGAUUUUGUGGCUGUCAUGCCCCCUCACAUCGACGAUAACUUCCCUUUGACUGAGAAGUACACAGUGACAGAGAACAUGCUGAAAGGGCGCGUCAUUUCCAAAUAUGACCUGGGACACUUCUUCAUCAAGUGCUUGUCCAUCUCUGACUGGGACAGGAAGACCGUUGGGGUUUGCGGGGAGUACAGUUAACCCUAACUAGACAGAGCCCUCCUCCUUCCCUGUUUCCAUGAAGCAGUUACCACAGCUGGCCUAUCAGACACCGCAACUUAGAUCUUAUUUCUACAGGCCAAUCUUUCUUGCUUGAAAGAAAUGGCAGCUUUGGCUUUUGCUAAUGUUUUGUAAUUAUUUUUCAUGAUCUUGACAAUGGAUAUUAUAAUGUAGGAAAAACGUAAUAUGUUAAUCAUCUUUGUAGUUGUUGUGGGCCUCAGAAUUGUGCAGACUUUAUCGUUCAAAUAUAUAUUUUUUCCUAACAGCAAUUUAAUGUUGAAUGUACAGUAUGAGUACCAAGUGAGUCAGCAAUUAGGCCUAUGUGUUAUUGAUAGCCUAUGCCUACUUGUAGCCUGAUUGUGUGCUGUGCCAACAAAUGUAGACUACAAAUGUAUAUAUUCCUAAGAAUCAUAUAAUAUGUCAUCAUUUUAUAGCUUGCUUUUGAAAUAAAGGGUUGCCAGUC